AUGUUCUACCUAAACUUUAGCUUUGAGGCAAAGACGCCUGCAAGAACAAUCAAAUUGGAAAAUACAUUCUCUGAGAAUAAACCUCAAGGAGUUUAUGAACAGGUUGCAAAGCAGAUAGAUGACUUUAAGGUCGCAAUUUUAAACGAAAUACAAGAAAUAAUACCACCUCAGCCAGCUGAAGAGACUAAGGAGGAACAACUUGCGACAGUUCAGGCCAAAGGAGAUGUUUCCCGGGCUCAAAUUGGCUCCUCGCCAGAACUAAGCAAAGAAGACCCCAAUAAAACACAAAAUAAUGGAAAAUAACUUAAAAUCCAAAGAAAAUAGUCAAUUACCGAGCAUUGAGUUAGAUAAAGCUUCUGAACCCACCGAGGACUCUAUAAUGAAGAGAAGGAAAGGAAGGCCUAAACUACCACCUCUGAUUGUUAAUACUAACGAUUUACAGAUUAGUCUUGGAGAAAUUUUAAGAGAUGAUAUUCUCGACACAAAGUCUCAGCCCAAUUUCAGAUCAGACAGUAUUAGAUUAAAGAUUAUGAGACGAUCUACGAUGAUUCCUUACUUAAUCCUCCUCGAAACUCAUCGUAAAAAUGAGAGAAAGGACCUUGCAGGGGAGAAUAUAGAGAAGGCGUACAGGAGAUGCUUCUGGGAGUUCAUAGAAAUAUGUUCAAAAAAUUCUAUCAUUAUCUAUAACAUCAGAGAUUUAGGGUUCGUCGCUUUCAUUUCUUUCAGAUUUCCCUUCUCAAAAAUCAGACAUUUUCUUCAAAAUGAUGAGGAAAAGGAGAUCUACGAAAGAGUAAAGAAAUAUAAGAAAAAGCCUUCUCUUCAAGCUUUAAUGGACCUCGAAAGUCCUCCCGUGUGGGAGGUCAUGAGAGGUCUACUCAAGAUCCAGAAGAAGCUGUGUGAGAACUUCCUCGAGGACAAGCCCCUAGAAAUCCUCAGAUCUCUCAUUAUGAAGCUCGAGUUCAAGCUGAAGGCAUCUAGAAGGCUGAUUCAAAAUCAAUAGAAUCAGAAUUUUAAAGGGAGAGUGACCAGAUAGGUCAAUUUUGGGAAAUUAAGUGAACAAUAUAGUUUAUUUUCUGUUGUUUCAAUUACG